AGUACUGCAAAAGGCGAACCGAAUUGUUGACCGACACGUGUGUGUGUGUGUGUGUGUGCAGGACGUUAUCUCGUGGUUACUGCAGUGGCCGGUGCUGCUUCGAUUCAUGUAUGCCCCCGCCCCUCUAUUGCGUGUGGCCGCAUCAUCGUGGCGGUCACGGCGGCACUUCUUUCGCGUUCUCACACCAACGCUCCUACCUCUCACAACGGCUUCAUGCGGCGAAAGAACAAGAGAAAGUAGACGACUCAGCGCAACGACAGCUGCCUUGACAAGCAGCAGCAGCAGUGUCAGCGAGGCAGCGGCGCUCUGCUGCUGUACUCGACUCCUCUCAACCUCCUCGUCAUCUUAUAAACCGCAGUCGUUGCCUCGCCAAAGUGCUGGCGCCCGCCGACCUUUGAUGAAGGCUUCGGCUCCACGGGCCGCUCGCACGCACUCGUCGCAUCGAGAGCACACACCCACGACCAACUUCGCUCAAAGAGAUCUUCUGCAAGAUGCACAGCAGCCACAGGAUCAGCAUCAUAACGGCAUCUUCCAGAGUCAGCACAUCAAGCCAUUCCCCGUGCGUGCUGCGAUCGAUAUCGGUACCGGUGGCGCGAUAUCGCUCUGCAUCGGCCGCGUUGACGCGCGCGUUGGCGCCGUGCAGAAGCUCCUGCACCAAACUCAACUCCCUCUUUACCUCGAAAAGCUGCAGCAGGGCUCAUCGGAGCACGCCAGUGGCUUUACGUUGAGUGAACGCACGGUGGACGAUAUCCGCAGUAAGAUGCGCGUGCUGCACGGCGUGAUGCGUCGAAACGCGUUCGAGGGCUUAAGCGAGCGGGCCGCGGUGCUGUCGUGGCCGCUGUGCCUCGCCAUGAACGCCAAGUCCGUCGCCGACGCGCUGACGCGUGAAUUCAAGGUUGAUGUGCGCGUGCUCGGGGACACGUUCGAGGUGCAGUGGCCGCCUUCGGUGGUAGAGAGCAGCGUCCGCAACACCCAUGAUGCCUCGGCGCCGCGUGCAACGACGACGACGAUGACAUCAUCAUUAUCCCCCGCUCAAGCAACCACAAGCGCAAACGCACGCGGGAACGCGGCAUCCACCACGGCAGACACGUCAUCGUCGGCGCCAGAUCACGGCGAGGAUAAGUUGAAAGCGCUGCUGCGGAACACCUCCGCAUCUUCUUCUUCUGUCAAGGAGGCGAGCCGGACCGCACCGCCGAGCACGACGUCGCUGCGCGCGCAGGUCGACACCCUUGCCUUCCUCGCCCACGCCGCCGUCGCGCAGUGCGUCGCCCCGCAACGCCUGCUCGUGCUGCACGAGGACCCGCAGCGGGGCGUGCGUCUUGUCGGUCUCGGCACAUCGCGCGCGGCCGAGGUGGCGGAUUUGUUGGAGUCCGCGGAGAGCGCAGAAGCGGUCGCGAAGAUCCAAUCCAUCGCGUUUGGCGACGGAAACGAAACGUUGACGGAAGCCGACCGCCUGCCGUUUCGCCAGCCUCGGCGUGGCGCGCACCAGCCAGAAGAGCGCUGCGCCGCAUCGCGAAGCGUCGUGCCGUUGCGGGAUAGACGCGACGGUCUCUGCCUCGUCGAGCACACCCUCCCGGUGGACGUGGCGGCUGCCCAUCGCCUCUGCAUUACGGCCAUCCAGCGUCGGCCACCCGAGAGUUACGGGCUGCACACAAGCAGUCCCAACCCGCUCCUGCUGGAUGAGUUCUGUGCGCUGCGCGGGUUACUGACGGAGAUGCUUUGCCACGAGCUGCCGCGGUGGGCCGUGCGGAAAUCGCAACUGGGCGGGAUGCUCGUCGCGACGAGCCACAACGGCGGGCUCUUUAACCUUGCGGCGCGUGUGUCGCAGCAGACGCACAUCUCGCGCCACCACUUAGAAGUCCACGCCCAGUACCACUUCUGCGGACUGACGGAUGUGCUGCUGGCGGAGAACUUUCCAAAUCCGCUGCUCGUGCUGCCGAGCGCGGCGCUGUCGGCGGCCAUCUUACGCGCGCUCGAGUCGCCGCGCAUGCUGUACGUACCGGAGGUGACCGUGGCGGCCGCGCUGCUCGUGCAGCCGUCGUUGUGGCUCGCCAGUCGCGCCGCGGAGGUCCGGCGGCGGUUAUCGAAGGAUCCCUUCUACGCCGCGCACACGCGUGCGCAGCGUGGUCGGGUGUUUGCGCGUCCACACAGGAAGGAUAACCCGACAGCGGCGCCGCACGCGACGUGGGAGACGAGCAAGGCGCGUUGGAACGCGCUGUCGUACGAGCAGAGCAUGAAAGGGACGUAA